UUAUUUAGUUAAAUAUAUUUUUUUACUAAAUUUAUAUUUUUAAAACCUAAUAAAAAAACAAAUGAAAUAAGAACGAUAGAGACCCAACUCAACAAAACAAAUGUCCGAUUCGUGCGCCCAUUUCAAAUUGAUGGUUUCCCAAUAACUAAAGAAGCAGUAGGCGAAAGGAAUCAAGUUUCAUUUUCUAUUUUUUAAGUGUUUUAAUGAGUGAAAAUUUAUUGAAGAUACAUGGAUCAAAAUUGUUAACCUCUUGCCUAUUGAAAUCACUUAUUCCCCAACAUGACGAGAUUUAAAGUUAUCCUUUCACCGUAAAUCCAGUGAUUGUUUUUAUCCUCAAUGUGGAACUCGUCAUUAAAACUACGGGGCACCAAUGCUUACUCUGAAAGCGAAUUGUAUAAUGGUGAUAGCAAAGAAUAAGAAGCAAAAUAAGACACAAAUAAAGGGUAUGGAUUACAAUUGGACUCCAGCUCCAGAGAGCCUAAAUAACCAGGAUGUAAGUGUUCCAAGGGCGGUCUUUAUUCCUCACUCGAAUUCCUUACCAUUUGAAGAAAGACGCGUCACAUUGGAGCAACCUGUCAAGAUUGGAAGGAAUGUGUAUCGCUCGUCUCCGUCACCUACGAAUACAAUAUUCGAAUGCAGGGUGUUAUCGCGACACCAUGCUACACUGUAUUAUGAUAAAGGCCACUUUUACCUUGUGGACAACCAAAGCAGCAAUGGCACAUUUGUUAACAAUAGUCGGUACACGUUGGCGAAGGAACCGCACGAGGUAUUCUCCGGGGAUAUAGUCCAGUUCGGCAUUCCUGUAGUCGAGAAUGCCGAUAAUUCGGAAAAGAACACAUUUCCCCCCGUCGUCGCGCUCCUCAAACUCUACCACCCCGAUGGCCAGGAGGCAAAAUUGUCGUUCAACCCCGCCAUGACAACUCCGCUACAUCUCAAAGAGUUAUAUCAAUUAAACAAUUUCGUUCAGGAAGCGAUCCAGCGCGAGGCGUCGCUGGAGAGCCGGCUGCGCACGCUGCGCGAGUGCGUGGAGCGCACGCGCGCCGAGGCGGCCGCGUCGUGGGAGCUGUUCGUGGGCGAGCAGCGCCUGCUCAUGCGCGUGCACACCAUGGAGGCCAUGCUGGCGGCCGGCAAGAACCCCGACGCGCACCACGUGGCGCAGCUGCUCACCGACAAGAGGAACUACCAGGAGGUGGCGCAGGAGAGCCUGCGCACGGCGCACGAGCAGCGGCUGGCGCUGGAGGAGUCGCUGGAGCGCCGCAGUCGCGAGGCGGCCGCGCUGCACCACCACAACUACGCGCUGCGCCUCGCCGCCUCCGACGCGCUGCAGGAGCUGCAGAAAUUAGCAGCCCGUUGCGACCGUAAGAUGUGUGCAGCGCGCCUGGCAGUCGCUGCAGCGGAAGAGAGGGAGCAGACGUUAAGGAAACACCUGCCUCUCGCUUACUCUGUACAAAACGGCGAAGCGAAGAUGUUAGUGGUGAGCACGGACAGCAACAAGCUGCAGGAGGCGAAGCGCAACGGCUCGCUGGAGGACGCCGUGCGCGCGCUGCCCGACUACAUCAAGCUGCUGCUGCCGCAGCACUUACUCAACAAGGUGGGCAUUAAGGCGAUAUCUGCUGAAGGAAAGUCAGCAAAAGAAUUUGAACUGAUUUUGAAGCAAAAUAAUAUAUAUAAUUUGGAAGAAAGAGAAAAGCAGCAAGUGGAAGAAUGCAGUGUCGGGGGCAGCGGGGAGAAACCUGGUGAUUCAGAUCUUUGUACUGACGAUGAAAAGCAUUCAAGGCUUAACCAUGACACAACAGUUCAUGAAGUGGAAAAUUUGGGAACCAUAGAUGGUGAAAUUCGUCCAGAUAACAAUGCUAAUUCUACUUAUAGCGAACCUGACAUAAAAGAAGAUUCUUCGGGCAAGGGCGGCGUCGAAUACGCCAACAUAUUGCGCGUGAUGGCCGGACUCAACGAAGAGAUCAAGGCUCUCCGCGAGCGAGUGAGCGCGUGCACGGCCGAGAACGAGAAGCUGCGCGACGUGCGCGACGAGCUGCUCGCCGCGCAGCUCGAGCCGCGCCCGCACGACGACGACGACGUCGCCACCUACCGCGCGCGCCUCGCUGACCUGCAGGAGCAACUCACCAAAUCGACAGUAGCGGAGGAGGCGAAGGUCGCCGAGAUUCAGCGGCUCGCCACGAACGCGGCGGAGAUGCAGGCCGAGCUCGCGUUCCGACCCACGCGCGCCGACAUCGACGACCUGACUGCCGUUGUGGGCAAGCUGCGUGCCGACCUGCUGGCGCGCGACCAGCAAGUUGAGCGUCUGCAAGCCGCCCUCGACAAGCACAGAAACACGGUCGACAGGGCCGUCGAAACGUCCACCUCGCUCGAGGACCUCCGUGUCGCCGUCGACGACACGAUCGACGAGAAGCAGAUCUCUGCCAAGAUCGACGAGAUGUUUAACAUAGACGACGAUGACGACGAAGACGAGGAGACCGAUUCAGCGGUCACCGAGAUCGAUAAGGACGAAAGCGCGGUCGGCCCGCGAUCCGACACGGUCGGCGUCGUCAGCGAGUACCUUAGACUCGACGACGAGGAGCGGCUGCAGGUCACGAUGCAGAACGGGACCCUGCACGCCCUCGAGGAGGAGUUGGUGCGAGCCAAAGAGAGGUGGGCUGAGGUGUGCGCCGAGCGAGCUCGACUGGCGGCACAGCUGGCGACGGUGCAGAACAAGCCGCUCCGCCUAGAUCUGUCGCACGCUGUGGCGUUAGCGGUGCCCGUGCUGGUGGCUUGCCUUUACUUCCUGUUGCUGCCUUACGUCUCCUGAUGGACCGCCACGUGGGACCCGCCUGGUUACGCGUAGCCCCGACAUUCGCCUGCGACGAUCGGACGGGCGUCGCGGUGUGACAUUUGAAGUUCAAACUUUGCUCACUAUUCUUCUAUCUUUUUUUAUCGAGAAAUAUAAUUGAAUUUCGAAAGCGAGCUUCCGCAACGAUAUCGACUCGCUCGGCCUCCGCGCCGCCGGGGCGUCGCGAGUUAUAGACGUUGUCGACCGAAGGUUGAAGAUAUUUAUGAAUUAAAAUAAAUUAAAAUAUAUUUUAGAAGUUA